AGAGAGAGAGAGAGAGUUUGAAGAAGCGGAUAGGAAGGGUCGGGUUGUCCAGAGAAGGAGAGAGGGAGAGAGGUUCUUUUUAUUAUUUACCUCUUUGUUGUUUAUAACGUUGAAUUCUCUCUCUCUCGUUCGCCACGGCUUCCUCUUAUUCAAUUCAAUUCGCCGUUUCCUUGUCGGACCGACCGCACAGAUUCCUGGAAUUCCUCAACAUACGCUUCGGUUUUCAAAAAACAGAAUACCGGAAGGCUGCGUGUGAUCAUCCCACUACUACAAUACAAUUCGUAGAGGAGACGAUGGACGAGUUAAUUGCAACCAGAUAUUGGUGUCACAUGUGUUCUCAAAUGGUGAAUCCCAUCGUUGACGUGGAAAUUAAAUGCCCCUUCUGCCGCAGCGGCUUUGUUGAGGAGAUAGGAAACGGUAUUUCCAGCGACAAUAACGAUAACAACAACAAUAACAAUAAUAACAAUGAGCUCGAAUCCGAUUUUGGGUCGGAGCGAGCUUUGUCUCUCUGGGCUCCGAUCUUGCUGGGUAUGAUGGGAAAUCCCCGUGGGCGACGAAGAUUCAGACAUCUAGAGUUUGACGACGACGAUGAUGAUAAUGAGCAUGAGGAUGGAGAGGGGAAUCAUGUGAGUAGUGAGACGACUGAGCUUGAUUCAGUCAUUAGGAGGAGGAGAAGUUCAGCUACCAUUCUUCAGUUGCUCCAAGGUAUCAGGGCUGGAAUCGCAACUGCUGAAUCAGAGAAUAGUUAUGAGGGAGAGAGGAGCAGAGAAAGAGAGAGGGUUAUUCUUAUAAAUCCUUUCAAUCAGACCAUUGUAGUUCAAGGAGGUGAGAAUCAAAAUCAAAACCAUAACUCCAUUGGGUCGCUGGGUGAUUAUUUCGUAGGACCUGGUUUGGAUUUGUUAUUGCAACAUAUAGCCGAGAAUGAUCCCAACAGAUAUGGCACUCCACCAGCACAGAAGGAGGCAGUUGAUGCGCUGCCCACCGUGAGGGUUGAACUUGAGGAGGAUAGCCGUUUGCAAUGUUCAGUGUGUUUGGAUGAGUUUGAGGUGGAUGAAGAAGCCAAAGAGAUGCCAUGUAAGCAUAAAUUUCAUACAGGUUGUAUCCUGCCAUGGCUGGAGCUGCAUAGUUCUUGCCCAGUUUGUAGGCAUCAAUUGCCUGGGGAUGAAUCCAAGCGUGAUGUAGAUGGUGGGUCUGCUGCCAGGUUCAUGAGCGACCUCAAUAAUGGUAAUGGUAAUGGUAAUGGCAAUGGCAGCGGGGAGAUUGAGGAGAGAAAUUCAUCCGAGUCUGGGAGGAGGUUUUCGUUUCCAUGGCCUUUUAAUGGCUUGUUUACUUCCCAAGGAAACUCCUCGGCUGGAAGUGCGAGUGAUUCUCAAAGGGAUCACACUUCCAUUUGAAUAUCCUGCCUCUGCUCUGCUUGCUUGCUUAUGUAUGUGUAUGUUUGUGUAUGUAUGUAUGUAUGUGUGUUAUAUUAAUUAUACUAUACAGACGUUUUGCCUCCUGUUCUCAGUAGAACAAUUUAUCUUCUUAAUAUUUUACCAAUAUUGUAUAUGCCUUUUCACUCUUA